CCCCGUGUCCCCGUGUCUGUCCCUGUGUCUGUCCCUCUGUCCACCCCCGUGUCCCCCCGUCCCUCCUCGCGCGGGGUCCGGGGCGGGGCGUGUCCGUGGGCGUGUCCCCCCACCUGGGCGUGGCUGGGGCGUGGCCUGGGCGUGUCCUGGGCGUGGCCGCUCGGAGCCGCCGGAGCCGCCGGAGCCGCCGCGCCCGCGAUGGAGCCCAACAGCCCCCGCAAGAUCCAGUUCACGGUGCCGCUGCUGGAGCCGCACCUGGACCCCGAGGCGGCCGAGCAGAUCCGGAGGCGCCGCCCCACCCCGGCCAACCUGGUCCUGAGCAGUGACCAAUCGUCCCCAGAGAUCGAUGAGGACCGGCUGCCCAACCCCCUGCUGAAGUCCGGCCUGGCCAUGUCCCCCCGGCAGAGGAAAAAAGUGUCACGCACGACCCCGACCAUGAAAGGGACACCCGGGGAUGGCACCCCCGACACCGGGACCCCCCAGAGCGGGACCCCCCAGAGCGGGGACCCCCCGGGACGGGACCCCCGGGACCCCCCGGCGGGGAGCGCGCUGGGGACAGGAGCCACAGAGAGCCCGGGGACAGCGCGGGACAGUAGGUGGAAUUAA